AUGCCUGUAGACAAGGAAGAUAUGGCCAAUGAUGUAGAAAUCAAAGAAAUUGACCCAUUUCUAGGCAAGGACAAAAUGGUGGAGAUUGACCCCCAAGAUGCAUCAGAAGGCAAGCUCUCUGAAACCAACAAACCUUCCGCAGCAAAUCCAACAACCAAGAAGGAUGUUCCCUUUGCUGAAGGGGACCUUGGUUAUACUUUACUCAAGCUAAACGAGCAGAAUAUAAACUCCUAG